ACUGUAAAAAGAAUAGUGUAAUAUAAUAUAAUAUAAUAUAAUAUAAUAUAAUAUAAUAUAAUAUAAUAAGUGAAAUAUGAAAGAAACGCAAUUUACCCAGCGAGGUGAAAUCAACGUCACUUCAACAUACGCUAUAGAAAAAAAAAAAAUCCUUAUAAAACGACAGAAGAUCAAAGUAUAUAAUGCUGAAAUAAUUUGUUAUGCAUUAAUUAUGCAUUUAAAACAUAUAUAAUGAUGAAAUAUUGCAUAACUAUUCCAAAAUAUUCCAAAUAAAGUUAUACAGGUUAUCAAUGAAAAUAAAAACAGUAUGCCUAUAUACAGUCAAUUUCCAAUGACAUUUGAAUCACAUGUUUCCCAAAAACAAUUGUUUUCCCCGCGAAGCGUCGCUUUUUCGACUCCUGCGACCCGUUGAAAUGAAUUGUAGCUUUUUGCAUAAUUGUUUUUGUUUAUAUUUGAAAUUCAAUUCUAAACAUUCCAAGUAAGACAGAUGCAAGCCACAAACAAGAAAAUCACGAUCAGACAACAACUAAAGUCAUCCUUUUUUUCGGGAGGGAAAUUUAAAAUGUCUACAAGACCGUCAUCUAAAACAGACCCUCCGCGUUUUUGGGACGCAUUAGGGCCAUUUCCCAGGUCAAUGUGGAUUCAUCCUCAUACACCAGAGGACAGUCUGGACAGAGUCUGCGGUAGAGUAUUGAUGCGCUCUGUUUUGGCCAGCAAGGGAGUUUGGCCGCAUUUACCAGAAAAUGCACAUGUGUUUGCGGAUGAGAUCAGUGGUAUCCUGAGCUACACAAGAAGACAUGAUGACAGCCUCGCACAGAGAGUGGGGCAUCCAACGUUGGACAAGGUCAUGUUAAUGACUCAGCAUAACAUGACCCAGACUCUUCUGAAGGGGCAUGUCAAUGCCACGUGUCCAUGUUUUGCUGAUGAUAGAUUCAGCCAUGGUCAUGAACCUGAGAAGACUAAAGAGAUCAUAAGCCAGGAGGAGGCUAACAAAAGGAAAACUGAGAAGUUUCUUAAACAAAUUCACCUACCUAAACAGGUCACACUGAAAGACAUCUCUAAGGGGCCCUCAAAUGAAGACUUUCCUCCACUUCCCCCUCCUGCCUCACCGCAGGUGGACAGGCCACCACAGCAAGCCCCCAUCACCAAAAGUGGCUCCUAUAAAGCUACUCUCUUAAAGGAAAAACCAGACAUCCAACUGCAUGGUGGCAAACCACAGAGGGCUCAAAAACAAAAUCAAAAAGAACAUCCAAGAGUCAAACCUUAUGCCUCUGUCAAAACAACCCCAAAGAUAAAAACACAAACAGCACAAGGCCUAAUUGUCCUGCCUGGUUGUCCCCAAACAGGACAAAGUUCAUUGUCAAGGUGUUCCCAUCUUCCCAUGUUUGCACAGUUCCAAAAGGCAGAGGAGGAGAUAAUACCUAAAGAUCACACAUUUAAAGUUCUGUCAUGA